CUUUUUGCUCACCUACUUAUAAAUAAAUGCACAUGCUUGGCACAUCAUCCGACUAUCCUCUGUGUGUGUGGUUCAUGAUCUUUGGGAGUGAGAAAAUAGAGAGAGAAACUGCUUGUUUGGUUGGUCGGGAAGUUUGAGAUCAUUAUGGAAAGAAUGUUCGAGUUUUCUUCCUUUUCUGCUGCCUGUUUGAAGGGUAAAGGCGGUAUCGGGAUGGUGGAGGAAGGUGAAAUUGAUGAGGGUGAUUCAGCGUCUUCUUCUGCAUCUGAAGUUUCUGUUGGUGUGGGCUCAUGUGAAUCGGAUUCAAUGGAGGAAUUCACUUCUUCAGCCUCUUCUUCACCCCCGUCACAAGAUCAGCUUGCACCACCUGCAUCCGCUUUGCAUGACAUGUCUUCUCUUUUUCAGCAGCUUCCCUUCAAGAGGGGUCUAUCAAAGUAUUACCAAGGGAAAUCAGAGUCAUUUACAUCUUUAUCAAACGUGAGAUGCUUGGAGGAUUUGGCCAAGCCUGAGAACCCUUACAAUAAGAAGCUGAAGACCAGCAGAAGCUAUGGAGGAGGCUUAUCGGAGAAGGCCGAUGAUGAUACCCACAAAUCAUCCCCUCCAAAACGUCUGCAUCCAAGACUUAUCUCAAAAAAGGCAUCAAGGGGUCGUUGUUCUCAAAUGAAUUUGAAUGCAAAGAGCAGGGUUAAUUUCCUGCUGGGAAGCUGACCCUCCAAUCAAACCCCUUUGUUUGCUCGAGAAUUCAUUCACUCUCAGUAGUUGUCUAUGUGGUCAUUUUUGUUUAAUUGAUGUAUUGGACCCAAAAACCCCUUUAUUAAAGGGAGUUAGCUCUAGGGAAUUGAGCGUGAUAACAUUGUGAAUUGUGGUGGAAAAAGGAAAUACAUAGGAAACCGAGUACUCAAAUUUUAAUUUUACUACUCUUGCAAUGAAUAUAGUAACUCAUUUUUUGUAA